CAGUGCGUGGGCGUGAAAGCGCAGGUUGACCCGAAGUUAAAUUCCUUGACAGCCAGGCAAGGUUUAACCUGGCAUUUUCCAACCUCUCUCGGUCAGAUGGCCUAUCAGCGAUGAGUGUGGGCGUGGCUCCUUGAAAGCACCUGCUGAGGCUAACAACUUAUAGCAGCAACAAAAAUUCAAUGUGCAGUGGAUUUGUUUGUAACAAAGAUCUCGCAUAGUGAAUAAAGCUAUAGUAUAGACCAGCACGAGUGGGUUAAAUUUAGCAUCACACUUUUGACAAUUACUGCUUGAAAGAGUCGACUCUUCGAUUCGAUUAUCAUAGUUACUACAACUCUAUCAUAGUUUUUUUUUAUUAUUAUUUAUAUACGAUUCAAGAUUCAACCAUAGUAACUCUUACAGCAUUAACUGUUACCAUAUUCGUAAAUGGUGGAGGAAAGCGGAAAGACUGCUGUGAUAGAGUUUUACUUCUGGUUUCGACGGUGAGCCCAGAGCCCAGAAGACGGGCGAGCGAAUAACUUCCCGCGGAGUUCGCCAGUAUUACACUUCCUCAAACCUGCGACCCAUAUGGCUGCUCCAAUGUCCAAACAGCGACCUGGGCGACCGAGAUCUCAGCUGCCGCCAUGCUACUACGAGGGUUAUCUAGAGAAGAGAUCGCAUAAAGAAAAGACGUCCCGCCGGCUCUGGACAUGUCUGUGUGGGAACACACUGUUUUUCUUCAACACCGCCAAGGACAAUGAUUAUGAGGAAAAGCUAGAGCUCAGUGGCUUCGUCUCUCUGACGGACGACUGUAACCGAGACAGAAACCUGGAGGCGGCGCGGCUUAUCCUUCGCAUGCAGAAUGGGGAGACUAAACUCACGGCUCCCAGUCUGGAGGCUCGUGAGCUCUGGAAGGGAUACAUCUACUCUGUUGUGGAGCUCUCUGUUCCCAGUUCCCUGAACCUGCUGCCAGGUCAGGUGCACAUGCUGAGAGGAGUGGUGGAAAGAGAGAGGGAGAGACGUACGCCAUCUCCGCUCCCAUCAGCAUCGACCUCGUCUCUGUACCUCCCCCUGCUGGGAGACAUGCCGGCGUGUUUCCAGUCGGUGUCCCGAACACAGGCAGAGCUGCUCCUGGAGAGACGCCCAGACUGUGGGAACCUGCUGCUGCGACCAGGCCGGCACGGCACCUCACUAGCUAUCACCACCCGCCAGGACUUCAAUGGAUCAGUGUUCAGACACUAUCGUGUGACUCGAAAAGAAGAUGGAGGAUUUGCAAUUGAUGUGGAGAACCCAAUUCCUUGUGCCACACUGCAUGACGUGGUCAACUGUAUGGUAGAGAAGACCUCUGGAACUCUUAAGCCUUUCAUUUUGGAAGAGCCAUAUGAAGAGAGCAUCACAUUUGUUAAGUCAAAUGAUGAAAAUGGAGAGAAGAGUCUACAGCGUGCCUCUACGAGCCCCGUUCCCAGUGUUCCUGUCCUGCCCCCCAAACCAGGCUUCAUUGAGCGUGUUCCCAGCCCAGAGCAAGAGUCCGACCCUGAAGAGAACUUCUACCUCAACGAUCCCCAGGAUGCUGAGGAAGAAGAUUUCACGGAGCGUCUCCCCACACCCCCACCAAAGACAGUGAAGAAAGCCCUGUUACCCCACCAGAUCUCCCUUCCUUCCACCCCGGCAUCCAAGGAGCAGCACUGCAGCCCCCCUGAGGAUGCUGAGGAAGAGAAUUCCAUGGAGCGUCUCCCCACACCCCUGCCAAAGACAGUGAAGAAAGCCCUGUUACCCCACCAGAUCUUCCUUCCUUCCACCCCGGCAUCCAAGGAGCAGCACUGCAGCCCCCCUGAUGAGAGGAGGGCUCCCAGACUGCCCCCAGUUCCUGCACCCCGCGCUUCAAAAAGCACAGAGGCCCUCGACAGAAUAAAACGGCUCAGUUUGGCAUCAGGUGACCCUCUGGCUCUGAACAUAUCAGAAGAGCUCAAACAAAAGCUGGAGAAGAGACGAGUAAAUCAGGAGUGACCUCUCCUGGCUGUUCAGCCAAUCUGCAGAGGCUUCUGGAAGAAGGAAAGUAAUCAACUGUGGGCCUCCGUUGGAGGUAUUUUCCUGAUCACACCGUUGGAGACACUGAACGUCUGGAGAUGCCCCACAGUCCCCCACCCUUCACUGUCUCUGACUGGACCAUGGACACAGAUUUAGCACCGUGCUCUCUGUUUUUACUGUAGCUCCGAACUGGCAUGUCUGCCUGCAGAUGCCCCGGUGUGUCUGCGCCCGUUGUACGGGCUGCUGGGUCAGCAUUGGCACGCAGAGAAAGAAGAUUAAUUAGUAAUCGAUCCUGACAAGAACUCAAGAAUUUAAAUCCACAAGGGCAGGGAAUUAAUUGAUUGUAAAUCAGCAUGUAAAUGUCACAUUACCACAGCCACGUUCUCUGUCCCCUGUGUAUUUCACACUGAUUAAUGUGCAUCAUUCUUUUAAUAUGAUUAGAUGUAUAGUAAUGUAUAAAUAUAAUAUGCUUUUCCUUUCUUACUCACACUUGUGCUUAUCCUCUUCUUCAUCUGUCUAGGAGCUUAGUUUAUUUAAUGUUGUUUCUCAUUAUUAAUGUACUUCACACAGCAAAUCAUUGCAUAUCCUGCACAGAGGUCCUGCACUGAGAUCAACAAAUCAUUACAUAUCCUGAUAAUGCCCCUGAACGUGUGUGAGUUUUAGUGACUGUCUGGGAGGGGACUACAGGAUACGUGCAACAGUUGUAGAUACAUCCUCACUGCGCUGCUGAAAAACAUAAUGCUAAUAAAAAUUGUAGGUAUCCAAAACCUGGUUUCCUCCCCUCUAGUUCACAUAUAUUAGGAUCAACACCUAUUAGGCCUUAUUAGGAUCAUCUUAAGACCUGGAAAGAAUAGACAGGACAACACAGAGGACUCUCUCACUGUGACUUUAUUGGCACAGAGUGGAAAAUUAAAGCAUUUACAAGGACUUUUUUUCCCCUCAGUAAAUUAGGUUAAAACAAUCUCAACUCUGAAUUAAAGCAUUGUGGAUUAUAUUCAUAAUAUGCAUACCAACAUUAACCUUUUCCUCCCAUGUAAUUCCUUGGUUUGACAAAUAGCACCCUGUACCUGAAUUUAAAAACUCAUGUCAACUAACGGGGAACAAGUGGGAACAACUGGUGGAACCUGCCCGUGAACAAUCACACACUAAAACUAUAAGUCAGACUCAGAUUGUGAGGAGGACUGAGGCUGACAUCCCAUUAAAGGCAGGUUAACACUGACAGGCAAGGUGGACAGUAGAGGACAUGCAUAGUUCCUGCUCACAUUCUCAUGCCCCUCAGUGCCAAU